AUGAAACAUCACCCAUUGCUACAUAAACAAACAAGUUCAACUGCAAGUGGGGCAAAUGAAACGUUGGCGGUUCAUCAUCAACUAACUUCACAAGCGCUGUACAGAAUUGUUCCAGUUACAAUAUAUGGAAAUGGUGUUACCUGCAACAUUUAUGCCUUUCUGGAUGACGGAUCUGGUCCAACGUUAAUAGAAAAAGACGUAUUAAGACAACUGCGGAUUAAAGGUGAAACGAAAGAUCUUUGUUUACGAUGGACAGAUGGUACGGUACGCAAGGAACCUGAUUCUGAGCUGGUCAACCUGCAAGUCUCCAAAAUACGCGAAGGUAAAAGGUAUUCGUUGUGCAAUGUGCGUUCAGUAGCUAAGCUGGAGCUACCCGAGCAAUCUUUAAAUAUGACAGAACUUACCGAUAAGUAUAAACAUUUAAAGGGACUACCAGUAGAAUCGUAUCAAAACGUUAGGCCUCGAAUGAUAAUCGGCCUAAGCAAUAAAGAGGUAGCUAUGCCAAUGAAGUUCAGAGAGGGAGGCAAGAAUGAGCCAGCUGCAACGAAAACUCGACUCGGGUGGACCAUAUAUGGAAUAAUUAAGCACGAACCUAAUACUAUUAGGGAAACGUUAAAUUUACACAUCUGUGAAUGCGAUGAUGAUCUAAGUUUGCAGCGUUUAGUGAAAGAUUUUGUCAGUAAUGAAAACGUUAUUGAAACAAGAUUGCUUUGGAAAUCAAAUAACAUUACUAUGCCGGAUAAUUACUUAAUGGCGCUGCGUAGACUUCAGUGCUUUGAGCGCAAGCUGCAAUCCAAUGUAACAUUGCAAAGCUGGGUAUGUGAUCACAUCGAUGACAUGAAGGCGAAAGGUUAUAUACGCCAGCUGAAACCUAACGAAGCCGAGGGGUAUUAUCCACGUAAAUGGUACUUACCGAUGUUUACAGUCAGUAAUCCGAAUAAACCACAAAAGCAAAGACUAGUGUGGGAUGCAGCUGCACAAUAUGACGGAGUCUCGUUAAACGCGUGUUUGGAGAAAGGUCCAGAUCUGCUCACUUCGUUGGUAGAUGUUCUUGUUAAUUUCAGAAUCGGAAAAAUUGGUAUAAGUGGCGACAUUAAAGAGAUGUUUCAUCGAGUACUCGUGAAAGAAGAAGAUCAACAUUCACAACGCUUCCUGUGGAGAAAUUGUGACGAUAGCAGACCACCAGACGUUUAUUUGCUACAAGUUAUGAGUUUUGGGGCAACAUGUUCACCAUCGUUGGCACAACUGGUAAAAAAUAGUAAUGCACGCGAAUACGAAACCGAGUUUCCGCGAGCAGUGAAAUGUAUUUUACAAAGGCAUUAUGUAGAUGACAUGCUGGAUAGCGUCGACACAGUGGAGGAAGCGAUUAAUCUAGUCAAUGAGGUUAGAAAUAUUCAUAAGAAAGCAAAUUUCCAUAUUCGCAAUUGGGUUUCAAAUUCUAACGCAGUGCUGAAAGCUAUAGGUAACCAAGGCCAGGAAUUUCAAUUUUGCUCGGCUGGAAGGCGUAUAGACCAUACAUUUGAGGCAGAGAAGGUAUUGGGAAUCCAUUGGCAAACCGACACUGAUAUGCUCACAUUUGAUCUGAAGUUUACCAAAGCCACUGAGGAUGUUCUAAGUGGAUAUAGAUUACCUACGAAGAGAGAGUUGCUACGAUUGAUGAUGUCAAUAUUCGACCCUUUAGGGAUGCUUACCUUUUACAUUAUUGACGUAAAAAUUUUGUUUCAAAAAGUUUGGCGAAGUGGAGUUAGCUGGGAUGACGCUAUUCCUAAUGAGCUAGUUGAUGAGUGGAACAAAUGGCUGUCGCUGCUUGGCGGUGUGAAAAAUGUGAAGAUACCGAGAUGUUACUUCGCUACGGUUAAUAAGGAUGCAGACUCCAUUGAAUCGCAUGUCUUUGUGGACGCAAGUGAGGUUGCAUAUGCAGCGGUGGUGUACCUAAGAGCGAAGAAUCGCAACAACAUAGAUGUUUCCUUGAUAUGUUCUAAAGCAAAAGUUGCACCAUUACGACCAAUAUCAAUUCCAAGACUGGAACUACUCGCGGCGGAAUUGGGAGCACGCUUAGGAAACAACAUAAAAAGGGCAAUAGACUUGAAAGUGACCAGUAUAACGUAUUGGAGCGAUUCAAAGGCUGUUCUAUCGUGGAUAAAAUCUGACCCACGAGAUUACAAACAAUUUGUAAUGUUCCGUAUAGCAGAAAUCCAGGAGUUGUCCGAAGCAGAACAAUGGCGGUACAUUCCUACUAAAUUAAAUGUUGCGGACUUGGCUACAAAACAAACUAGUAAUCCAGACUUUACUUGGAAAAACCCUUGGUAUAAGGGACCGAAGUUCCUGUAUGAAGCAGAAACUUGUUGGCCAAAUAAUGUUGGCGUACAGAAAUAUAACGAAGAUUCUGAAAUCAGAAAGCAACGAUUGUUGGUGGCUCAUGUAGCAGAGGAGGAACCUCUCAUAGAUGUCUACCGAUUUUCAAAGUGGGAACGUUUAAAAUCUGUAAACCAAUGCUUGUCAGUUGAGGAACUGAAAUGGAGUGAAAAUUUCUUGUACCAAACAGCCCAGUUACAGGAUUACAAGAAAGAAAUGACCGCAUUAAGUAGAGACGCUAAUAUUACUCUUUCUAAAAUUAGCCCUUUGCGAAAACUUUCACCAUUCAUAGAUGCACAGAAUGUUUUAAGAUUAAAAGGUAGAUUAGAUAAAGCCGUAUGCAUCGAUGAUUCAAUCAAAUUCCCAAUUAUACUAUCAAGGAAAAACUACAUAACUAAGUUGAUCGUAGACUGGUAUCAUCGAAAAUGGAAACAUCUAAAUCAUGAAACGGUGGUUAACGAAAUCUUUCAGAAAUACCACAUUCCGGGACUGCGUAGACUGUUAAAGCAGGUAAGAAAUAAUUGUCAACAUUGCAAGGUUCGCGAUGCGAGUCCAAAGCCGCCGGAGAUGAGUGUGUUACCAGAAGCACGACUAUCAGCAUACUCCCGACCAUUCUCAGAUGUUGGAAUAGAUUAUUUUGGCCCGUAUACUGUAACAGUAGGAAGGCGCUCAGAGAAGCGCUAUGGCGUCGUUUUUACAUGCCUUACGUGUCGAGCAGUGCAUUUGGAGAUAGCUUAUAGCCUGUCAGCCAGCUCGUGUUGUAUAGUGAUACGAAAUUUCAUAGCCCGAAGAGGAGUGCCGAAUGUCAUCUAUAGUGACAAUGGAACAAACUUAACAGCAGCUGAAAAGGAGUUACGAGAAUCAAUAAGAAACGUGGACUUCAAUGAAUUGCAAGCUGAAUUUACAAGUCCGGAAACACAAUGGGUUUUUCUUCCACCAGCUGCGCCGCACAUGGGUGGAACGUGGGAGCGGAUGGUGCGAUCCAUAAAAACAGUGUGA